CUUUGUCACUUGAACGUAAUCCCCUCCUCUGAAACCAAAUAAUCUCCAUAAAAGAAAAAAAAACAAGAAUAAGAAACAGGAUUCACAAUGGCCAAGUACACCAUCAUCGCUGCCUCUGCCCUCUGCUUCUUGACCUUGGUCGGUUCUGCUUACUCCCAGGACCGCUUCUUCAUUGAGGGCACAGUUUACUGUGACACUUGCCGCACCCAGUUCCUCACCAGGGUUAGCGAGUUCAUGUCAGGUGCAACCGUGGGUGUGGUGUGCAGAGAACGUGAUGCUGGUGCCAAGGUGACAUUCAGCAAAGAGGCAGUGACCGACGCUAACGGAAUGUACAGCGUUGCGGUGGACGGAGACCACGAAGAUGAGGUUUGCGAGGUGAAGCUUCUCAAGAGCAGCAGGGCUGACUGUUCAGAGGUUGACACUGAGUCACACCUUGAACAGGCUUCCAGGAUCAGCAUCACCAACAACAAUGGCAUCGUUUCCCCUGUCCGCACUGCCAACCCACUUGGUUUCUUGAAGACAGAGCGUCUUCCUGAGUGCGGUCACAUCCUCCUUCAGCUUGGUCUUCAUGAGGAUGGCUCACUCAAACAUUAAAUUAUUAAUUGAUGAAUAUAAAAGGGGAGGGGGAUCUAACCUCUUUGUAUGAUCAUGAUAUGAUGUAAUAUUGUGAGAAUUAUAUAUAUAUAAGCUUGGCCUUGAAUUCUCUGAAAAAAAAUGGGAUC